AACUUUCAUUUAAGUUAUAUCAUUUCCGGUUGUGUAAACUAUGGAAUGAAUUUAUGAAUGAAUGUCAAAAGCAUGAUGAGAAACGUUGUUGCUUUGAUAAAUAGCAAUGAAAUGGAAUGUUUUAAAUACUAGAAUUUUCUAGGCUGGUUACUUGAGGCGUUUCAAAAUGUCCACAGCGAGAGAAAAAGCAAAGACUAUCGUCGGUAACCUCAUAUCAACUCUGGAUAAGAAGGGCAUUCGUGUGUUGGCAGUCGAUUUUGAUCAAACUUUAAUAAAGAUCCACUCAGGGGGAGUAUGGAAGGAUUCCACGGACAAUCUUGCAAAGCAUGUCCGUUCUUGUAUGAAGGAUCUUCUUGAAGUUGCACUUCAGCGGGAAAUGAUCGUUUGUAUUGUCACGUUUCAUUCCCAGCCCUGGAUUAUUCGAGAACUGCUGAAAAAGCUGCUGAAAAAGGAUUCAGAAAAGAUUUACGUACAAGCCAACACAAUAGAGUUCCGUGAGAGACACAACUAUGAAUAUCUGGGAAAAGAGGCCCACAUCACUGCAGUCUUGACAGAAGUUUACAACCGGGAAAAAGUCAUCAUUAAACCUCAUGAAAUUGUGCUGUUUGAUGAUGACCCGGAUAACGUAGACACAGCACUGAAAUUUGGACAUUGGGCGUUCCAGAUCAAGGAGGACGUCUCCUAUCAGACAUUUGAGGAAUACUCCCAGAUGUUGGCACUACAAGACAAGCCACCAGGGGCAAAAGGGAAGACAAAGUAGGAGAGGUUUGAGAGAUUUUGCAGUGUCGGACUCGGAACUUUGUUGUACUGCUUUAGAGUUUUUGAUAUUAUAUUACUGUUGAUAUUGUACUCACUUUUUGCCCUCGUUGUUAUCUGUUACCAUGGUUACAGGUUGUCCAUUUAAAUAAAUCUUCUGUGUAUGUUUUUUUUCUGAAUAUCACACAUAUUUGUAAACCUGUUUUUGAUGUAGAUUGUUGUCAAUAUAUUGAUUAAUAUUUUUGGAGAUAAGUGUAUAAUCUAAUCCUAAUCCACCCCCCUCCCCCCCAAAAAACAAAAAAAACAAUCACAUAUGAAUUAAUUGUACCUGUAGAUGGGGUUUGUUCAGAUCAAAACUAAGGAGUUGUGGCUCAAGUAGUCUAUAAACAAAUAAUGCUGUUUAUAUUUUAUGGUUAUUUUAUGUAUUGUUGAAAUAUCCAUUGUUAGAUGUUGCAAAUGUUAAAGAUUGGUCCAUUUGGAAAGUUGUUUUCAAAAUUUAAAAGAUGUGAAUCACAACCGGUGAGGUUUGAAAAUUCUCUCUCUCUCUCUCUCUCUCUCUCUCUCUCUCAACACUACAUUUACAGUUUGAUAUUUUGGUGGUUUUUUUAAAAUUGUUUUUAACACCUCAUAAAAACAGUCAUUAGGGGAUUUUUUUCGACUAUGAAUAUACUUGAUUUGAGUUCAGAGCACUUUUGAGGCAUUGCAGUACUUAAUCAUUUGAAUGCUUGUGUUAGUAUUCAAUGUCCGCAUGUCAAAUUAUAAAAAAAAGUUUUCCCCUUGAAAUCUCUAUGAGUUUAGAUCACUGCGUGUAUUUUUCUAGCUUUGUUAAUUUUUUUACCUCUAGAAAAUCAUAAACACAUAAUGGAGAUAAUAUAUAUCCUGUAAUUUCCAUAUACAGAGCUAUAAGCUAUUGGCUAGCAAUCUUAUAUGUAGGUAUUAUACUUGUGUACCAGCACUUGAGCAAAAUCUGUAAAAUCGUAUGCACAUGAAAAAGUGAAGUCUCAGCAACAGGACCUCAGCCCUCUCCUUGCAAUUUUUUUUGUGUAUUUCAUUUUCAUAAGUAUUGUGUCCAUACCUACAUUUAUAAGUCAACUGAUUAAUGAUUACUUUCUGAUGAAUAUGAUAUAAUCUUUGAUAUUUUAACAGGAACUUAACACUUGUGGUAAAGUCAAAGUUUACAUUAACCAAUUCAAUGUUGUGUGCCAAUGUUUUGUCUAGUCAGAAAUAGUUUCAGUGUAAAACAUCUGAAAAUUUUGCAUUCAGCUUUUUAAUUAGAUGAAAUAUAUUUUUCUCAGAUAACAGUGUGUCCAAGUCAUUUGUUAUAAGUAAACUUUAUUUACAACAGAGUCAUGUUCAAAUUGUGUCAUCUUUUAAAUUAGUUUUCCUUCAAUAAAUAUUGACCAUAAAUUGCAGUGCAUCAUGAUUAAAAUCCAGGGUAUUUGCAUUACGGAUAUUAAUUAUUUUCACUCCAAUAAAAGGUUUGUGACAUUUUUUAAAUGAAUGUAGAUGGAAUUUUUCCAGAUUUAUCAGUAUGUGUAUAUUUGUUGUUAUUUAACAUUUUGGUUUUGGAAUCUCUUUGUUUUGAUUACUGCUGUCAUUGUGUGAUUUUUGUGUAGUUUUUACAUAACAAUUCUCACGUAUGCUUAUAUACUGUAUAUGUACACAUAUGAUAUUUUAUUUUUGUUUGAAGAGGAAACAGGUGCUUGAUAUUACAGUCAGAUUUAGAUCAGAGCUAUUUUAACAGAAAGGUUGCAGUCUGAGGUCAGGACAGAGUUAAAGAAGGACCAGGAGGGGGGUGGGGGGGGUUGCAGGGUUGUAGAUACAUCCAUUCUUUUUUUUAUUAUCAAAAAAAGCAAAGUCAUGUAUUGAAUCUCAUGAGGAGGAAUCUUAAAACUUCUGUUGGUUUGGGGACAUCGAUACUUUGCAACAGUUGGUUUGGGUUUUUUUAAUCAUCUUAGUUAUUUUCAUAAUGAAAUUUUCUAAAUUCAACUCUCUAUUUGAUACCAAUUUCAUUAAAUGUGCACCAUCUUUAAUAGAUAUGAAUUCUGAAUGUUAAAACCACCUGAAUUUGUUUAAAUCCACUCUGCUUCUUAUGUAUGAAGACAUAUCCACUAAUCAUUGAAAGAAAUCCUGAUUUUCAUGUUGAAAUAAUGAGAGAGAGAGAGAGAGGGGGAAUUGUUUAUAAGGAGAUAGAAGAGGGUUUUAUGUAGUUGUUUGUGGACUGAACGUUGACUGAGUUUUUCCCCGCAUUUUAUCAAUACAACUUGCAGACCUCUUUGUAGUUCACUGUGUAAUGAAUGUGUCUACACUCAUUGUUCUAAAUGUUUUGUGUGCCAAACACUGGGAUAUAUAUAUAUCCAACUGACCCAGUCUUCUGGACUUGAAUCAUCUUUGUGUGCUGGUCUUGUAUCAUGAAUAAAAUUUGGGCUUAUUUUGCAAAGUUUUUUUUUUUAUCUAU